UUGGAGUUCACCUACACACAUCUACUUCCUCACCUUUCUCCCAACGUAAACCCCAAACAACAAUUCACCAUGGCUACUGAACUCACCACUAAAACAACAUGCAACAAGUCAUUUUGUAAAGACUAUCUGCUAUUAAGUCCAAAAGACGUUGGAUUUUUGGAUCUGGUGAUGCUUUUGUUCUCCGAACAUAUUGGUAACAGAAAAUUCAUAGACUGUCCAGAUGGAACUGUUGAAGAAAGCUUUGGACAUCGGUUCGUCAUCUUCAUAUCCAUUCUAGCCCAAAAGAUUCUUCAUUUAGUUGAUAAGCCCUUAGGUUGGCUUGGCUCGGCCAUUGAGUUUCUUCCCAACUUUUCCGAUGCCAAUGGAGGAUUUUUCAUGAUACUUUUGAAUGUCGUAUCAGGAAAACUAGUGCUACCUAAUAAGGAGUCCGCAGAGUUCUUGACAGCGAUCGGGCUAUGGGACAUACGAAGGGAUUUAGACAGCAGAAUUAAGCACGAUGAUCCGAGAUACACAAGCGCACUCGCCAUUAUGGCUGCUAAAUCUGCCUACGAAAACCAAGCUUACAUCAUAGAGACAGUUGAGAAGCAUUGGAAGAUGGAGUUUUUAGAGUACUUUGAUUGCUGGAAUGAUUAUGAGGAGGAUUACACGACACAAGGGUUCAUGUGGAGUGAUAAGACAGGUGAAUCUGAGCUUAUAGGUAUUUCAUUCAGAGGCACAUCACCUUUCAAUGCCAAAGAUUGGUCAUCCGACGUUGAUCUUUCAUGGUAUCACCUCCCUGGUAUUGGCAAGGUCCAUGCAGGUUUCUUGAAAGCAUUAGGGCUACAAAAGAGCUUAGGGUGGCCUAAAGACAUCCAAACAGACGACAGAAAACCCUACGCUUACUAUGUGAUCAGACAAAAGCUCAAAGAACGUCUUGAAAAGAACCCAAACGCCAAGUUCAUGGUAACUGGACACAGUUUGGGAGCAGCUUUGACGAUUGUAUUUCCAGCAGUUUUAGCACUUCAUGGGGAAACUGAUUUGUUGUCGAAACUUGAAGGGUUGUAUACAUUUGGGCAACCUAGGGUGGGAGAUAAAAGAUUUGGUGAAUUCAUGAAAGAGGUGUUGGUAAAUCAUGGAUCGAGGUACCUUAGGUUUGUUUAUUGCAAUGAUUUGGUGCCUAGAGUGCCAUUUGAUAGUUCUAACCUUUUGUUCAAACAUUUUGGUGAUUGCCAUUAUUACAAUAGCUUCUACAAGGGACAGGUGCUUGCUGAAGAACCUAACAAAAACUACUUCUCGAUAUUGGCUUUUAUACCCAUGUUUGCGAAUGCAUUGUGGGAGUUAUUAAGGAGCUUCAUCAUUUAUUAUCAAAAUGGACCAGAGUAUUGUGAAACCUUUACUUGUCGAGGAUGGAGAGUGAUCGGACUUUUGAUUGCUGGAUUACCGGCUCAUGGUCCACAAGAUUAUGUGAAUCUUACAAGACUAGGUUCGCCGGAACUCUUCAAGCUCUCAUCGCACGAAAAGUCAAUCAAUGAUGUAAAAUAAAUGGUACCAAUUAAUGAUAUGGAGUUUGUGGUUAAAAACAUGCUAGAAAAUGCCAUGUUAUGUAUUUUCCAAUUAUAUGUAAUAUAUAAGAAUUGUUUUAAGUAA